AUGCGGCGAGCCUUGAGAGAGAAUAAUGGGGUCACUGCUGUCUCCAUGGCUGCCAUCUCCUCCACACUAGUGCUCGUCGUUGGCCGUGCGGUGACGGCGAUGGUGACGCUGAGCCUCGAAACCAAGCUGAUGGCCCUAUCGUUGGUAUGGGUUGGCCUCUACCGGCUUCAGCGUGUCCUGGUGGGAAAGCGGCGUAGCUCGGGGCACUGGCUCGUGCAGUACGGUGCAAUGGUGGCCUACUAUCUCCCAGCUCCUCUCGCGUUUUACGCUGCCAAUGCUGUCUGCUCCACCUCCCACACCAAAGCAGUUGCUGACUACAUGAAGCGGCGGAAGUCCAGCAAGUCGUCGUCAACAACCUCACCCUUCUUUGAUGAUGAUGAUGAUGGUGGUGAUGAUGAUGAUGCUAACAGUAACAGCAGCCUGUAG